CGUUAACAGGACUACAUAAUUUAUCAUUAAGAGUAAAAUAAUGAAGUUUAGCACAUUUCUGUUCAUUUCAUUUUGCUUCUUUCAGAUAUUAUGGGCUGAGGAUAUCCCGAGCAGAAAAGAACUAGAAGUAUACAUACAGGACCUUCUGGAAGCAAAGAUUAGAGAGAACGUUGAGGCACGUGACCUUGCUCAUCAAAAGGAGCUAGAAGCUCUUCAAACACGACUUAAUCAAGCUGAAAGACGUAUAAAGGAUCUGGAACAGCAUGAGUCAAAAAUUGACGCAUUGUCUGUGUACACACGCAACGCCAUGUUUGCUUCAAAAAGAUAUUUGAUGAAUGGUGGAUCUCCCGUUGGCUUCAUGGCGUGUGUCAGUGUUCCAGAUUUGGUCAAUCUUGGCGACAAGCACACGAUUCUGUUCGACAGAGUAAUGACAAACACGGGAGGGGCAUUUCAUAAUCACACAGGCGUAUUUAUAGCCCCUUCCAAAGGUCUUUACGCUUUUACUUUGUCGGCAAUGACUAUACCUGGCAAGGCACAGUAUUUAGCGUUCGUAAAGGACGGGGUAGUUGUAAGUCACGUGUACCCUGAUGCGCGUGGUACACAGUCUGACCAGACAGCCGCAAAUCAAUGGGUGAUGGAGCUUAAUCAAGGUUCUGAAGUAUGGAUACAGACACACUAUGCUGGCGAAAUUCAUGGGAACUGUUUUACUGUAUUUUCUGGUUUCUUACUCAGUGAAAUGGAAUGAUUGUUUAUAUGUAUAUCAGACAACAUACCAAAAGCAAUAAACAUUGCAAAAUCUGUCUGCAAAAUCGUAAUUUUAGUUUGUGUUUGUUUAACAAUGCCGUGUUAAUGUUAGCAUGCAGUAAAAGUCAAAUGAUAUGUUAUCAAUCUAUGUUCAAUGUACUUGAUUACAUAACAUAAAUCUCGUAAUCAAUGAUACACCUACAUCUUUGA